AAAAAGCACAAACAACAACUGGAGCUUUGCCUUUCCUUGACAUCUCGCUGCAGAUUUCACGAGCAGGAUCACAGCAGACACAAUGGCCACAGACUGGCUGGGCAGUGUUGUGUCUAUCGACUGUGGGCUGACUUUGGGAGUUUAUCAGGGCGAAGUGUCAGCAGUUGAUCAUGCAAGCCAGACCAUCUCACUGAGACAGCCGUAUCAUAAUGGAGUCAGAUGUCCUGUUCCUGAGGUUACUUUCAGUGCCAUGGACAUCAAGGAGUUAAAGUUCCUAGAUAUCCAGAAUACAGCCAACAGGCUGGGCUCUGUCCAGGGAGCUGCAGCAGAAGCCAGCUUCUUAACUCCGGGACGCCCCGAUCAGACAAACAGAGCCACUCAGCCUUAUGUCACAAGCAGCAGCUCUCAGUUCGGUACUGCUCCCAUCACCAUCCUACGCAGAGCUCCAGCAGGUUCAUCAAACAGCAGAGUGCCCACACAAAAGAAAAACAGCAUGAAGAACGGGGGACCUGGAGGGUUUAUGAGACAAAAGGAUGACGAGUGCUUCGGAGACGGGACGGAUGAGGACCUGGACACAGACUUUGACUUCGAGGGGAACCUGGCUCUGUUCGACAAAGCUGCCGUCUUCUCCCAGAUUGAUGGAACCAGCAGCCACACAAACAGAUCACAGCAGCACAGCGCACAGGGCCAGAACAGGCCCCUAACCUACCGCCAUGAUGAGAACAUUCUGGAGGGGAAGCAGGUCACGUAUCGGCAGAUCACAGUGCCCCAGCACGGGGGCAUUGAGUACUGUACAGAUUCAGGCUUGGUGGUUCCCAGCAUUCCCUACGAGCUUCAUAAACGUUUACUGGCAGCUGCAGAGCGCCGGGGUCUUUCUGUGGAGCGCAGGCUAGAGACGACCGGUGUUUGUUCCUGUCAGAUGGCUCUCACUCUGCUGGGCGGACCAAACAGACUCACCCCAAAGAACAUCCACCAGAGACCCACGGUGGUCAUCCUGUGUGGGCCGCACAUCCAGGGAGCUCAGGGUAUCAGCUGUGGGCGACACUUGGCUAACCAUGAAGUGGAGGUCAUCCUGUUCCUGCCCAACUUUGUCAAGGUGCAGGAGUCGGUGAGCAGUGAGGUUAACCUGUACAGUCGCACCAGUGGCAAGCAGGUGGCCAGCAUCAGAGACCUGCCAGGAACUCCCGUGGAUCUGGUCAUAAACUGUUUGGACUGCCAUGAGAACCCACUUCUGAGGGAGCAGUCCUGGUACCAAUCAGCUGCAGACUGGGCCAACAGUAACAGAGCUCCAGUCCUGAGUAUCGACCCUGCUGUGAGUGAGCAGCGUCAGAAUAUUGAGGCGAAGUGGACUCUCUGUUUGGGCCUCCCUCUACCUUUAGCCGAGACAGAGAGCAGAGUCUACCUCUGUGACAUCGGCAUCCCUAAACUGGUUUUCCAGGAAGUUGGAAUCAGCUACCACUCACCUUUUGGAUGUAAAUUUGUUAUUCCUCUUCAUCCAGUGUGACAUUUUACUCACUGAUACAGCACUUAGUUAUGAGGUAGCAAAGGUUUAGAAUGCAGCCGAAAAGUUGAUACUUUGUUAUAGAGAUGCACAUCCACAAGACAAGUCUGAGAUCACAUGGUGAAGACUUUUCCUCAUGCCCUCUGGAAACUCCCAGGGGCUUCUGCUGGUUGCGUGCGACACCUCUUGUUUUUGAGAGGGAAAGGUUUCCUGUUCUUUGGUGUGUUUUGAUAAGGGCUCUGUGCUACGAGGUGAAUAUGUUUACAAAAUGCUGACCACUGCGAGUCUAUCUCUACCCUCUGACCUCGUGACCAGUCAGAGCAGCAGAGACUAACUUCCUAUUUCCUCCUUCAGAUAGCAGGCAGGGACUGAUCCUGCCCUUUUGACCCCUGCUGCUCAGCUCAGACUGACUAACCCAGGUCUGGCCCUCAUCUGGGCCACAGAUCAUCAGGUCCGUUGUAUUUCAGAUCUCCUUUUACAUCAGUGUUGUCAAGGUUUUCGAUAGCUUGAUACUUCCCAAUACUAUGGAUGUCAAACUGUUACAAUCAGCGUGAUAUAUUUAAUGUUUUAAGAUGUAUUUUGGAGAUUUUUGCCUCUAUCAGGUUGCCUUUUUUAAUAGGACAGAGGUUAAAGUAGGAAAUAGAGGAGGGAGAGUUAGGAAUGCCAUGCAGGAAAGAAGCUAUGUGAGCCCAGGCCACUUGCUUUGAAGACAUGGGGUAUGACCCAUCUACUAGGGCUUUGGCUCCCAGACAAUCUCUAUUAUUUUAAAAAUCAGCCAUCCACUUAAUAAGACAGGUGCACAGGAGAGGAAUGAAUCCAUCAAAAACUGUGGGGAAACUCCUGCACAUUGUCUAAAUUUCCCAAAUACAUAUACUCACUUUUGUAUAUGUACAAUUUAGACCAUUUGCAGGUGUUUGCUUGCAAUUUUGUGUGAUCAAACAAGAGACUACCUUAUUUUUGGUAACUAGGGCUUGUAUUUUUGUGGUACUAAAACAAGUUAUAAAACCAUAAGACUUUAAUUGAUAUCAAAGUUUAAAAUGGGUGACAGCGUGUCCAUACUGGACAUGAUGUGAGCAAGCAUCAGCAACAAAAUCAGCUUGAUAACAAUGAUUCCUAUUGUAGAAUCCCAACAGCACUGGGGUGAAGCAACCCCAUGUGACUCGAUAAAGUGUGAUGUGGCUUACAUUUUUCCUCCGUCAUACAGUUACUAUUUUCCUCUGUUGCUUGCAUUGAAAUGGGUGAGGAACAAGGAACAAGGUAGAUGACAAGAUAUCAGGAGUGUCUGAAGGGUUUAUUGAUUUUCUUUCACUUUCCUAACUCAGCAGAGCUUGUUAGCUUGUUUUACAAGGUGGAGGGUUUACAGUGCGUUUAGGACCCCCUUCACUUUUUUUCAAUUUUCUUAUAUUGCAGCCUGAUGCUACAGUCAUAAAAAACAUUUUUCUUCUCAUUAAUCUACACUCAGUAUCCCAAAAUGACAAAGCGAAAACAGAAUUUUAGACGUUUUUGCAAAUUUGUUAAAGAUAAUGAACUGAAUUAUCACAUUGACGCAAGUAUUCAGUUUGACAUUUAGCUCAUUCAAAGUGACCAGUGGGUUCUUGAUCACUUCUCAAGGCCCUUCUCUCCUGAUUGCUCAGUUCAGCUGGACUACCAGCUCUUUGAAGAGUCCUGGUUGUGCCAAAUGUCUUCCCUUUGAGAAUUAUGGAGGCCAAUAUGCUCUUGGGAACCUUCAGUGCAGCAGAUGUUUUGUAGCCCUCCCCAGAACUGUGCCUUGCAAAAAUCCUCUCUCUGGGCUCUGCAGACAUUUCCUUUGACCUCAUGGCAUGGAUUUUGCUCUGAUAUGCAUUAGCAGCUUUGAGGCCUUCUAUAUGGAGGUGUGUGACUUUCCAAAUCAUCCAUCUAUUUUCUACACUGCUCAUCCUGUUCAGGGUCGCAGGGAACUGGAGCCUAUCCCAGCUGUCAUCGAGUGAGAGGCAGGCUACCCCAGAGGCAGGGCUGACAUACAGAGACAAACAACCAGGCACUCUCAAACUCACACCUACGGAUUAAGAGUCACCAGUUAACCUAACAAGCGUGUCUUUGGUGCUGGGAGGAAGCUGGAGUACCUGGAGAGAACCCACUCAUGCACAGGAAGACCAUGAAAAAUCCACACAGAAAGGCCAUGACCGGGAAGCAAACCAGGUACCUUCUUGCUGUGAGGCAACAGGGCCAACCCUGCCAUGCAGCCUCCUUCCCAAAUCAGGUCCAGUCAAUUUAAUUUACCACGGGUGGACUCCAGUGAAGGUGUAGAAACAUCUCAGCAAAUACUGAGAGAAAUGUGAGGAAACUGAGCUAAAUUUUCAUUAUGGGGUACUGAGUGUAGA